AUGCAGGAAAAGGUGCAUUCUGAUGAUAUGACAAUGCGCUCAGUAUUUUCCGAAGAGCAUGAAUUUGGGAUUAAUGUGCAAAAUCCAAUUGGCACAGGGCCUUUGUGGAUGAAACUGGGAUCCCAAUUGAGUGAAGGUUUGGAACAAUUAAAGUAUAAUAAUUCAUCAGCUUCUGGGAACCACCUUGGAAAGGGCAAUGCAACUCACUUCACUUUUGUCUCCGAUGAUCUCGAAACUGGUGCAAAUGUGGCAAAAACUCAACUCCAGACUGCUAUUGAAUAUGCAUCCCAUUUAGAGCUUGGAUGUGGUCAACCACUGGUUUGUGCUAAGUUUCUCCAUGCAGAGCAGGGCAAUGGAGUAUGUGAGACCUAUAGUCCUCAAGUUGCGGGACGUAUAAUGUUACCAAUGAAUCUUAGCACGGAUAAUGGAGGGCCAAUAUUUGUAAAUGCCAAGCAGUACCAUAGAAUUUUAAGGCGCAGAGAGUUCCGUGCUAAGGCAGAGCUGCAGAAGAAAGUGCUAAAACUCCGCAAGCCAUAUCUGCACCUGUCCCGGCAUCUCCACGCCUUGCGCCGCCCAAGAGGCUGUGGCGGCCGCUUCCUUAACACCAGAAACUGCAAUGGAAGGAAGGACGAGACUGUAACCAGAAUGACAGAACAAGAAAAAGUAGUAUUUUAUGAGCAGCCCACUGGAUCCCAGAUUUCUGAAAUACUGCAACCUGGAGGAGAAAAUUCUAGCUCAAAUGGCGGCAGAUUAAAGAGUCCAGGUUCUUCAGAGGAGACUAGCCGGAUAUUCUUCGGCACCGGGAUUGGUCUCCAAUCCUUUCAUCUCCACCCUCGCUUUCAUCCCUCUUCUGAUCAUGUGGCAAAUCCUGGAAGCGGGACUUUCAUGGGUGGUGCUUGGAUUGCUGCAGCAGAUAACUGCAGCAACCAAAAGGUUUGA